AUGUUCUACGCUGCAGUAGAGGAGAAGCUCGAUCUGUCGCUGCGCGAGCGGCCGUUCGCUGUCGGCACCUAUGCGAUGCUGACCACAAGCAACUACAUUGCUCGGACGUACGGCGUGCGCUCUGGCAUGCCAGGCUUUAUUGCGAAGAAGCUCUGUCCUUCUUUGUGGAUACGUCCACCGCGAUUUGACCUGUAUCGCCGCGAGGCCGCCGAGGUGCGCGCCAUUGGCGCUCAGUACGAUCCCCACUACGUCGCGGUAGGGCUCGAUGAGCUAACGAUGGAUGUCACCGACUACCUUCGUACGCACCCGGAUCGCUCUGCCGAGGAUGUGUGCGCGGAGUUCCGCCGCCGCGUCGAGGAGGCGACGCAGUUGACGUGCAGCGGCGGGAUCGCCCACACCGCGGCCUUCGCAAAGCUGGCCAGCAAUGUGAAGAAGCCGAAUGGGCAGCACAUUCUAGCGCUGCGCACACGCGAGGAGGUGCUAGCUUACGUCCGUGAUAUGCCGGUGCGCGAUGUGCCUGGGAUCGGCUUCGCCACGGAGCAGCGGCUGCACGCCCUCGGGGUCGUCACGUGCAAGGACUUUCUCGCGCGCAAGGCGGAACUCUGCUACUUGUUUCGCGAGAAGACAUUCGCGUUUUACCUCUCGGUUGGCCUAGGACUUGUGCGCACCCACGUCGAUCGCUCCAACGCGGAGCGAGAAGCCGCCACGGCACCGCCGAGCGCGGCGGCGGCAACGUUGCCCAGGUCUGCGGCACAUUUAAAAUCACGUCCCCCUCGUGCGUCGGCCAGUCAAUCCCCCUCUGCUCUCCAAGCGGUCGUUCCAGUUCACCGUGCGCAGAAAUCGACGGGGAAGUGUGUCACCCUGGUGCGCGGUGUGCCCAGCCGCGAAGCGUUUUGGCAACAUCUACGUCAGCUCGCCCAAGGCGCGCACGAUGUUCUCAGGGAGCAAGGCACGGGCACCAAACACGUAUGCUUCUACACGACCAGCCGCGCCUUCGUGCCGCGCAGCCAUGCCGCAAUGCUGUCAGAGGUUACAAACAGCUUUGCUAAGCUCUACGCGGCACUCGAAAAGGUAGCAGAGCCGUUUGCAGCUCAGCAUCGCGAGUUUCGCCUCAUCGGCGUCAAGUUCAGCAAGCUACAACCUCUGCCAGCGGGAAGAAGGUCGACGAAGGGCAAGGGUGCCGCUCCAGUUUGCAAGACGAAAGUCAAAGUGGCACGUCACUAUCCAAAGCAACGAGGUGACGCCGCAGCGCCAGCGCAGCGCUAUGCGGCGGCGAAAAUGGCGAAGACGCCUCGCCGAGCCCAACCAAGGUCGCCGGUCGCAAAGCAGGUCUCCGCUGCUCGUCAUCGAACAGCGCCAACAUGUCGAGAGAAAAAGGUGUCCGCUCUCUAG